AUGGCAUACAUUUCGGUAUUCGAGAUAUUCUAUUCGUUGGUUGAUUGCAUUGCCAAACCCGUCAUCUUCUCAUUUCGUUCUUCCUACAUUGUUUUUGUUGAUUUACACAAAAUCUCUUGGUUUCGGCGAGCAAUUAAAAUCAUACUGCACAAAGUUUAUUGUGGAUUUUUUGGACUAUCAAUGGCCAUAUUUGGUGUGCAUUUCUUAUACAGAUAUUUGAUAACCAAAGGAGAGCCAUUAUUUCAAAAUUUCAACAUAAGCAUCAGAAAUAUAGAAUAUUUGGGUCCGUAUUUCUAUCCAAUCGACUUAAACGGCAACCAGUUUUUCAAUUAUAACACAAUUUACGGCAUCGCAAUUCUCACGUUGAUAAUUGCAUCUUCCAUGUUGAGUGUAUUCUAUUUUGGCCAUAAAUGCUAUUUGCACAUUCAGAAGUUUACAAAAAAUGCAAACUCCAAACUCUCGCAGAAUUUGCAAUCGCAGCUCUUCAACGCCCUCGUUCUUCAGACAUUGAUUCCAUGCGUUCUAAUGUAUAUUCCAGCAUUAGUCCUAUUCACCACUUGCUUCCUUGAUCAAAAUCUCGAAAUGGCCAGCAAUUUUAUCAAUAUUUCGAUAGCCAUGUAUCCAGCAAUCGAUCCGCUUCCCACGAUUUUUGUCGUCAGACGAUAUCGAAAAUUGCUGAAGUGCAUUCUCAAGUGCCUAACAAAGCUCAUUCGAAAAUCGAGCAACUUGAAUGUGGUCUCGUCGAGAAAAAAAGCAAUCGGCUCAUAA